GUAUUAUGGAUAUAUACAUAUCACUGGCUGACAGUCUUGAGCCGUUUAUUUUUCAUAAUUAACUGCGUUUCCAUCUUAAGACACUGAUGCAGUUCGGCAUCAUAGUCACACUUUCCCUCCACAAACCCUUUCAUUAUCCAUGGUACAGCCGAUACAGUAGCCUUUCCCCCAACCCUCGACAUCCCUCCCUCUGAACACAGCCGGCACACAUUCCUUAACAUCUGCACGAGGUUAGCGCGUGUAGCACUGCGACCGCCGGCGUCUCACGCGCCAGCACGUGCCUCCCACCGGCAACAACUAACUUAAACUUUUUUAAUUUUUUUUUUCAUCGAGGGGAGUAAACUCUGGUAGCAGUCGAGCACAUCCGUGUGAAGCUGGAAACCUGGAUUCCUAUCUCGCUGCGAAAGUGUGUUAACAUUCUAUUCGUCCCUGCCGUGCGUGUUCCUGUACCUAACAGUGUGAUGACUGUGGCAGUGCGAGGGCGCAAAAGCUGAUCAAAGAAACUCUUUUACUCUCUACUUUAUUCUCAGUGCCAGCUUCAACAACCGGCGCUGCUUGCAGAGAAAAACUUUUGUGUCAGGGAUUAGGAUAAGUGGGUUGCGAAGCAUUCCACAGCUCGCACCGACCCGCCGCCACCCGAGGCUGUGUUUCUAGGAUUCAACUUGGCGAGCUGUCGGGACCAGAGUUUUGGAGUUCCUGGGAUUUGUAGACAGACCCAGCAGUGCCCUGUCAUCAUUAGCAGGUCUGGAAUCACAGAGCAUCUUGAUCUGGAACUUGAGGAUUUUUUUCUGACUGAAUUCCGAAGCGCUCCCGUUGAUAUUUUAUCACUAAGCUAAGAAUGGACGAUCGAAAAGCCGCCGAGAGUUCUCUCGUCAACGUCCCUCUCGACACCCAAGACCACGACAACCAUAUUGAUGAAGAUGUCUCGUUAGACGCUGACCAAUCAGGAAGUGCUGUGACGUCACAGCCACGGCCUCAGAAGACGUCACGUGUGCCCGUGUGCAUGCCUUUCGACGAGGCGCACAGCGAGAGGGAGUGGUCGUCUGGACUGUGCACGUGCCGGUCCGAACAACGACCGUGUUGCUGGAUGUGCUGUUGCUGGCCAUACUACCGCUACGCUGUGUCCACCCGGCUGGGCGAGACCCCCUUCAUGCCCCUCAUACCCUGCGCUGCCUUCGCACUGCGGGUGAAGACCCGCGCACUCUUCAGCAUCAAGGGAUCCAUCCUCCAGGACUUUUUCACAGCUCUGUGCUGCGAGCCCUGUGUCAUCUGUCAGAUCACUCGCGAGCUGGACAGCGUUGGACUCUAGCGACGUCACACUUGUACCCACAGUGGUUUGAUACCAAUGGGAUCAACAGCUUGUAAACAUGCCAGUAGUCUUCCAUCUGAUAAUUUCACAACAACUCUAAUGCUAGCAUCUCUACAUUGUGUCAUGAACUCUUGAGAAAAACCAGAUCACACUCCCUCCAUUCGGCUUUUUGUGCAGGAGGAGUUUUUUAAGUAUUGAAUCUCGCUGGAAGCUGACCAUCUUAUCCAUGCCAUCACAUCUCAGCAGUUAAGGUGGUAUUUAUCUAUGACUCUUGCUAAACAAUUGACCGCUGUCUGUCAGUCUGCCUAUUACAAAAUCAGCGCCAUCUGUCUACGCGCGCUACCAUCAGUGUUGUUUGUGUGUUUGUUCUAUCCAGGCUUGAUUACUGCAGCUACAGUCUGGUGCUUAGAGCUUGUAACGGGACCACACCACCCCUCUUCUUCGUUUUCUACACUUGCUUCCCAUCCGUUCUCACAUCCAGUACAAACUGUCCGUGCUGUGUUUUAGUUUCUUUGCUGGCACCUGCCCUGAUUAUUUCUCUGAACUGUUUUUCCCUUACAUCCCAGCUAGACAACUCCUCUCCUCAACUGUGGCCACAGGAUGCUUAGCUAUUGUGCAGCGAAAAAAUGGAACUCUCUCCCUUUCCUACCCACUAUUGAACCCCUUAAACGUGCACUGAAAACACACCUCUUCUGUUCACAUGACUCCUAACAACCUUUCCCAUAAUGUUAGUCCUUUGUCACACCCUUC